AUGGUGCAAAGAGUGAAUCCUGAUAUGGAACGAAAACUGAUGGUUUACACAGGGAGACCGUCUCAUCAGAAUGAGCGAUUCUUGAAAGCCAUUAUUGGCAAUCAGGAACAGAGAAUCCAGGAGCUCACCAAUAGACUCUUGGAAGUAAGCUGGAACUACCAUUUAAUGCUUCGGAGAGCUGCAAUGAUUCAAAUGUAUGUGAGGGCAGAGUUAGAGAAGAAGAUACCGAGGACAAUUGAACAAGAACGAGGAGAGUUUGAACCACAAGACUGAUGUCUCAUCUCUUUACUCUACCACCGAUAUCUGAUCAAUCAGAUCAGAUUGGUAGUUCAAUCUACCGUUAGUUUAUAGUGUUUCAUAAACAUGCAAUUUAAAUUACCUUUGUUGAAUUCAUUCUUAUUAGCAGUAAUACGGUUUUGUUUACUUUUUCAUAUAAUGUUUAUGAAAUCAGAUAUUCUAUCCAAAGUCAUAGAUUAAUCUAGUCUAGACUAGUUUUUGUUCUGUAUUGGAAGUUCUACCAGAACUUCACGAGCUUUCGAUUGUUCUACGGGAGUUAUAAUUUUAGUUCAUAGUACAAAUUGUUUAAUCCACUUAAUCGUGGAAUUUAUUAUGUUUUCAUUAAUCGAUAAAUAGUAGAGAGCUCAUAUUAUCAAUAAUCAAUUUAUUAUAUGAACUACUUAUCAAUUAUUUUCUGAACUUCUACAACAUUCCAUUAUUUGUAUCGUGUUGAAGGGAAUUUUCAGGGUCAAGGUAUAGUUAUUGCAGUUUCUUCCUUGAAGCAAUUUUUCUGCAUAUAUGUACUUUGAGAAGGAAAUGCAAUAGUCAAUGCAAAUGAAAGGCUGUGAAUUAUGUGCCUUGAGAUACCGAACAAUAUUAUAAAAUUUAGAGGUGGCUAUUACGAUUAACAUUGUGAAAAUGAAUUAUUCUCUUGAUAUCACAUUCAAUAUUAAUUCUUACCAUUCAAAUAUUGAUUUGGUAUUAGUAACUCAUUUAAUGUCACUCAGAAUACAAAAAUACAGUAUUUUAUUAAUGCUUCUUGUAGUUAUAUUGUUCAUGCAUAUUCCCAAAUUAAGCAUUGUAUGGGAAUCAUAAUACAUUUGCUGUUUCCAUUGGUGCAAUUACAUCAUUUAUCCGGUAUUAACAGUUUAGUAUUGUUCAUUAUUACUUUCAAAAGUAUUGAAGUAUUACGCUUGUAAGAUUUAUUUGUUCCUCUAAUUGAAAAUUUAUUAGAGCAUUAGCAGUAUUAGUGUAAAAAAAGGAACUUUUAUAAAUCAAUUGAAAAUAAAAUUAAAAUAAGUUUAUUUUAAUAGUAUAAAUUGAAAAUUAUCAUUUGAGUACCGUAACCGGAAUAGUUAUUGAUUACAAUCAAUGAAAUAGUUGCAAUUUUUAAUCAAAACUAUAAAUUACCGAUAUGAUUUUCAUUUCACAUUAAUUUUGUUUUGUGUCAUCUCCAUGCAUAGUUCAAUCAUUUUUCAGAGCCUGACAACUGAACUCUGAAAAGAAAUUGCAAAAGAAUCUGUUGGAAAUUCGCUUUUAUAAUCGGUUCUUCAAAAAUCACAAACUAUGAUGAUUACCUUAUACGCUGAUCAAAAACUUCCAUAAUUAUAAAUGCAUUCAAGUAUCUUAAGGCCAAUUUGUAAAUUGUAAUCAAAUCAUAGAUUAUUUAUGUUUGUUUGAUGUAAUAAUGGUGUCUGUUAUUCCACAAGAUUGUGAAGAAUUUUUCUUUUCUCAUUUAUUUUAUCAUCCAGAUUGGAUUUUAUGUUUUUCUUUGAUACUCAUUUUAUAUUAAAAACCAGAAAAAUAAAUAUUUUGAUAUUUUUCAAUUUAUGUUUUAUUCUCUCGCCUUCUGUGAUUCCUAGAAUUAAAGACAGGUCUUCUAUUAGAUCAGUCUAACUUUCGAAUCAGUUACAAUUUUUCAAGUAGGCCUACUGUGAUAGAGGAUAGACUGAUCCUUUGUUAUUAUCAGAGUUAUGGUAGACAACAUUCAACUUAAUUACUUACUGCCAUGGCCAUACAUAUCUAAGUAGAUAUUUAGCCGCACCAACAAAGCCCCUCCACCUCUCUUGAUUCUCCGCGUCCUCCUCGGUUGCUCCAAUUCUCUCCAUAUCGGCCUUCACUUGACUCCACCAUUUCCGUCGUGGUCUUCCUCUCGGUCGUCGUCCUUCUGGAUUUCUUUUCAACACUUGAUUGAGAUUGCUGUCCUCUUUUCUUCUCAAAACAUGCGCAGCCCAUCUAAUCCUUCUACACUUGAACUCGCAUACUACAUGUGGCUCCCUAUAAAGGUCUCGAAGUUCUCUGUUGUGUCGCUUCCUCCACUCUCCUCCCUCAUGCCUGUUACCUUUUCCUACUAAAAUCAUGUUAGUUAAAACAUUGAUAUUCCCCUUUUUUUUCUACUGUGACUUAGUGACUAUGGACAUGAAUGUUCAACUUACUCAGAGAUUGCAGCGCGCUCAGAAUUACUGUGUGCGCUUCAUCUUUGGUUUACGACGUGACGAACAUAUUACUCAAUACUUUGGACAGCUCAAACUUCUAAGACUGCACGAAUACAGGAGUCUCCAUGCACUCAUGUUCCUCUUCAAACUCUUGAAAUCUCGGUCUCCCAAUUACUUGGCAGCGGGGUUUCGCUUCAUGGGUGAUGUUGGCAGGGGUGGGACGCGUCAUGGAGCUUGCUCAUUGUCCGUUCCAAUUCACAGAACUGAGCUAUAUAAUAAGUCAUUCCAUGUUAGUGCGAUUAGAUUAUGGAACUCACUGCCAGCUCAUAUUAGGCUGCUCGACAGUCAACGCCGGUUCAGUGCGGCUGUCGUGGCCUGGAUCAGGGGGGAGGGCUUAACUAGGUGGUUUUACUCUAUGUUCUUUAGAGGUGUAAGUGUGAUUGUGUGUGUGUGUGUGUGAAUGUUUUGUGUGAUUGAGAUUUAUUCACUAUUAAGAUUUCUUGCUUUUAGUUUUCUCUUUUUUUCCUCUUAAUUUAUUCAAUUUGUAGCAAAUUGAUUAUUAGUUUCCUUAUAAUUUUUAAUUAUCAUUUAAUUUCAAAUUGUAAUGUAUAUUAUUAUUUUUAUGUAACUCAUCAUCGUGGGUUAAAUGGAAGAGGGGGCUUCUAUUGCCUCAAUUUCGCCCACAUCACUUUUAUUGUAAAGUGUAAAUAAAAGUCAUUUAUCUAUCUAUCAUGUAUAGGUCCCUAGAUUUUUCUAAGGACCUAGACAACAUUCGAGUAUAGACAAAAUCCAUAAAAAAACUGAAGUCAUUGAAAAUUGAAGAAAAAAAUCUGAUCAGGUGGGGAAAUCAACUUCCUUAGUAUCUUCAAAAUGUUACUCAAAUUGGCGAUCUUUUCACGUAUAUAUUUAGAAAUUAUUAUUUUUCUACAAAUAUGAAUUGAGUAAUUAACUCAUCCCAGGUUGAAAUGAAAAAAUAGGUUCACGACGUUUGUAAGAUGAUAUUAGUAUAAUAGUUGAUGAUAUACAGUAUCUUAAUUAUUGUUGACAAUUACUUCACAUCUCAAUUACUUCUAUUUCUAUCUCUCAAUUAGUUUACACUUUUAUGAUGAUAAAUAGUCAGAAAAGAUGACUAGUGCUAUGUUUCAGUGUUCUUGAACGUGCAGGGUACAGAUUUGUAUUGUCUCAGAUCUCAGAAAUGAGACAUUAGUUUUGUUAGUUUAAGUUCUAUGCUCUAUUUUUUAUUAUUCCUAUAAUCUCAAACUUAAUUAUUUUCAUUCCAUCAAUUUAUCUUGCUGAAGAAGUACUGUACCGUAGUCUUCUUAUAUUAUAUACGGUACCAAGAUUUCAAGACUUUUUUACAAACCAUAUUAUGAUUUUUGACUUAUUGAAACCACAGUACUUCUCCAGAAGGUAUAACUUACAUCUCUGUCAAAAAAAUAUUUAUUUGUAAAAAUUAAUCAUUUCAAGCUAUUAGGAAUAACAAAUGUCUUCUAUCAUUCCAAUUAGAAAUACUGUUUAAGCUUUCCCUAAAAUGCUGCACUGCGAUUUGCAUUCGAAUUUAUCAAGUAUCAAUCGGUUUCUAAUUUAUGUCGACGAUCAAAACAAGAUAAUAGGCAUAUAAUAUACUCUUGAUCCUGCUACUGGCAUACAUACCAAACUACAAGUCAUCAUCACUUCAUUAUAAUUAACUUGAGCGCUCGCUAUUGUUCAUCAAAGUAUACCAACGGUACCUCACUGAUAAGUAAGAUGGAGGUGAAGAUGACACUCUCUUUUGUCACGUUUAAAAGGAUUGUUAUCAUUAUGGAUCAUGUUUUUUAUUGGUGCAGUCUCUAUCCGUGUGAGCUUGAACUAAGUUUAGUUCCUUCACACCUCUUGUCAGGAUAAUCACAGCUAGCAGAGACUUUAUAGAAGUUGUAAUAUGGUUUUUAUCCAAUUUAUGGUUCUUAUCCUAGUGUUGACUGAUUCCAAACUGCAUGCCCUUGAGUAUGAGGACUGGGAAAAUGAUGACUAUGCAUCUGCAGGAAUGCCAUUGAUGGAGGUAUGCUACCGAGAUGAUCCAAAUCUCAAUAAGUGCAUAAAAGAUAUAAUACAACACCUAGUCCCAAAUGUGAAAUCAGGUAUUCCUGAAUUGGGACUGCCAUCAUUAGACCCCAUGGAGAUGGAUGACAUGGAGUUCACAUACAAGAGCAGCAUGGUUAGUGGGGAUACCAAGGUCAAGGAUGUCAAGAUUUACAAAUUAUCAAACAUCAAAGUUGUGGAUGCCAGGGCAAAAGUCAAUGAUCCCACCAAGCUUAUUUUGGAAUUUGAAGCUCACUACGAUCGCUUGGAAUCUAUUGGCAAAUAUGAAUUAGUGGGAAAUAUAGCCAGGAUACCCAUCAAUACACAAGGACUUUUCAACCUUACUCUUUAUGAUGUAACAUUCAUGUACACAGUGAAAGGAGACCUGAUCACAGGUCGGGACGGGGAGGAGUACAUGGAGCUCAAGCACUUCCAGUAUCUGCACAGCAACAAGGGAAUUGGCAAUCUCAAACUACAUGCUACAAAUCUUGUCGAAAAGAAUGCCUUUCUAAAUAUGUUUGCUAUCAGAUUCCUGAACCAAUUCUGGAAGCCGAUUUCGAGGGAACUGAUUCCUAUUAUUGACCCAAUGAUUGAUCGAUUCACCACCAGAUUUUUCAACAAUAUUUUCUUGAGGAUACCAUACAACAUGCUGUUUCCACAAUCAAGGAUUGGAUGCCUGGUUAUGACUGAAAUUUUUAUUAUUUAUAUCUUUUGUUUCUACUAAUUUAUUUUUUCAUUCUAUGAAUCACAUAGAAUAAAUUACUAUUCAGCUUAUGAGAGCUCUAUUUACCUCACUUGAACAUGGAAAGCUGUUAUAACUUCUACUGUUGAUUUACUGAUGGUCUUUAUUCAUAAUGAUCUAUGAAAGAUCAUUUAUUAUUGGUCUUUAUUCAUAAUGAUGUAUGCAAGAUCAUUUAUUAUUACUUAUUUUCUAUUCGAGUUUAUUUGGCUAAAUCAAUUUCAAGCUUCCAACCUAUUAUUGGCUUUGCAAUUGUAUUAUAAUUUGAAGUUAAUUACGACUUGUUUAUUAAUAAUGUAUUCAAAUUGUAAUCAUAAAUGAAGUAUUCAUAAUCCAUUCUAAGGAGACUAAAUUAUAAACAUGAAUUGAUUUUUUAAAUGAUCGAGCGAAUUCUCCCUUGACAGUUUCGUCAAAUAAUACAAUAUAUUAUAAAACUAGAAGUAAAGAAUUAAUUUUCUUAAAUAUGAGAACUGUUUCUUCUAUCAAAUUGAUAGAGUUUUUUUUCUGUCCUCUUUCAAUUUUUUACUGUUUGCUGUCCUCCUAGACUCAUAGAUAUUGAAUAAAUUUUCAGAAAGAUGUGUUAAUUUGUUGUUAGUAAAAUAUCUUAUUGUAUUUAUUUUAUACGUCUCAUUUCAAUUUUAAAAUGUUUAAGCUCUGGAGCUUUUUACAAGAGUUUCUGCACCAAAAUCUCGGAUUUUCAGUUCCUUUUCCAGUUUUCUGUUAUUUUCGCCAUAUAAAGCCAUCGGACGUGGAAAGAUCACUCUCGUCUUUUUUUAGAUUUUCAAUAAAAAUUCGAAUAAAAUGAAAUAAUUCUGAUAUCUUCUCGGAAUUCUUCUCGGCACGUCAAGGCGGUUCAAAAUCACUUAUCAUAAUUCAAAUUAGGUUGAAAAAUGGAAAAUAAUAUCCUUCAUUGUAUACAAUAUAAAUCUAACCUACAUUUCCAUAUAUAUAUAAGAAAGGGCUGAUUUCUGUAUUCAAAGGUGCUUAUUUUGGAAAUCCCUAAUUACAAAAAAAUCUACAUUGUAAAUUGAAUUGUAGAGCAGAAUCUUUUCUUUCAUGUGAAGUAAAUAAUUAACAAAAUAGUGGGUUGUGCAACUAGUGCGCAAAGUGGCACUUUUCUGCACCGAAAGAAACGUUUACGCAUGAGCCGUAGGUGAGUGCGGAAUGGUUUCUUGAGUUUAGCAAAGGAACUUUGCACACGUAUUUCACAUUAAAUGUUUCCUACAGUUACCAUUGAAUAUGAAAAGUGAGUAAUUGUUAUGAGUAGAAUGUCCUGUAAUCCAUCAAAUGUUUGUCUGUUUGAUUUUGUAAUUAAUAAAAAAAUUAAUUAAUAAGUGAAUUAAUUCAAUC